AUGCCAAGCGCCAGUUAUCGCUUAGAAUCCUUCCGUCCUUGGAAACCUUCCCAAGAGAAAGAGCAGCCUUUGCGGGAUCGCCUCGGUAUUUGUCGGUACCCAAGCCCGGUCUCCAUAUCUGCGACACCGUCUCCCUCCAAUCUUCGCAACUCCAUUUCAGAGAGCCAGGAGAUCUAUGCUCCAAGACCUGAGCGGCAUCCCCUACCUGCUCGCCCACCGGUAGAGGUUUGUUUAAAUGGCGGUCUACAAUCGAACACUCAACACGAAUCGGAGGGUUUGGCCCCAACAUCGCCAAUCAAUCCUGGUCCCGAGACCUUUGACAUUGAUAACUCCCUAUUCCCUGACGAUCCCCCCAACUCUGGAGACGUUGAUCGUACCAUGACCUUCGAACAAAUCGCCCCGGAUUCUGAGCUUCAAUUCCUUGGCUUCGACUCAAAUGGCCGGCAGCUCGCUUUCCCUCCUAGUCAGCAAGCUCAACUUGGGUUUCUUGAAAGCCCCAUCUCUCUGGAAAGUCCAACAAUUGACCCGGCAAUCCUGGACAAUAAUCAUACCCGAGAUUUUGAGCAGACCCAACAAACGGCAACUACUCCUAUCGCCCCAACAAUUUCACGCCAAAUUCCAGUUGAACAUUCUCGCUCCCCGGCUCGGGGCGCCCAUUGCCACAGCAAGCAACAGGAUUCUGUCAGGCCCGUGAAAGCUGGUCGGCGGCCUGCCAAAAUCAGUAAAGUUUCAGUUGUCAUCGACAAUCGCCCAAAAAAUAGGGCCAGCCGGUCCGGUCUGGGACUCGGCCGCAAGAACGUAUCGCUUCCUACUCUCCGUGCUCAAUUCUCUGCCCCUCCGGUCGAGGAAAGAGUGCAGUUCUUGUCCUGGCUAUUCGAGAGUGCCUUAUCCCAUUGCGUCCACCUGCCUCACGGAAGUGAUAGAUCCCAGCACGCAAACAGAGAUGCCGAAUUGGUCGACAGGCCACGUACUCCAUGUUCGAGAAAAGGGUUGUCAUGGUCCGACGAAGAGGCUGACUUACUGGUGAAGCUCAGAGAGGAAGAACACCUUGCUUGGUCGGAGGUGACCGAGCGGUUCGGUGAGAAGUUCCCUGGAAGGUCUCAAGGCUCUCUACAAGUGUACUGGAGCACAAGGCUUGGGAAACGACGGUCGUCCCCAGUGGAAAACGUAUAG